UAGCUGAGAAAACAAUGGAAGGGCAGCAAAUACUCCACAUGAAAGGAGGUGUGGGUGAAGAAAGCUAUGCAAAGAACUCGGUUAUUCAGACAACAUAUUUGUCCAAGUCAAUGUCGAUUCUAUGGCAAGCGCUACAGGAUUUUGCUUCCUUCGACUUACCUGAGAGUGUCACCAUUGCAGACCUUGGAUGUUCCUCUGGGCCAAACACUUUAUUUGCUGUUACUGAAAUCACAAGCAUCAUUUGCAAAAGAUGUAGUGAACUCGGUCGACUACCUCCCGAAUUUCUCGUGUAUUUGAAUGAUCUUCCCGCAAAUGAUUUCAACACAGUGUUCAAGUUUUUGCCAGAUUUUCAGCAGAAGAUACAGCAACAGAAUGGGCACAUGUAUAUUUGCGGUGCUCCUGGCUCUUUCUAUGGCCGGAUUUUCCCGUCAAAAUGCCUGCAUUUUGUUCACUCUUCUUCUAGCCUUCAUUGGCUUUCCCGGGUACCUCCGGAAUUGAGUGACAAGGAAAACCCAGUGAUAAACAAAGGGAAGAUAUUCCUUUCAAAGACAAGUCCCCCUGCUGUUAUAAACGCUUAUAUGACUCAGUUUCAGAGGGAUUUUUCUUCAUUUCUCAAGUGUCGCUCAAUAGAAGUAAUCUCUGAAGGGCGCAUGGUUUUAUCAUUCAGGGCCAGAAGAACACCUGACCCAACGGCAGAGGAAAGCUGUCUAGUAUGGGAUUACUUGGGAGAAGCUUUCCAGGAUUUAGUUGCUCAGGGUCUGAUUAAGGAGGAAAAGUUAGAUUCGUACAAUACGCCAUACUACGAGCCAUAUGUAGAAGACAUAAAGGCUGAGAUACAGAAAGAAGGAUUGUUCAGCCUCGAUCGAAUGGAGAUUACUGCAUUGCCAUGGGAUGGUGUGAAUGUUGAAAACAAGUGUGAGAGGGCAACAACAGCUAAAAAUAUGGCAAAGGCUGUCAGAGCGGUUAACGAGUCACUGAUUCAGAGUCAUUUUGGAGUUGAAAUUAUGGAUCCUUUGUUCAAAAGGUUCGCUGAAAUCGUGGCAGCCGAUACAAAGGAAGUGGAACAUGUUGGUGUCGUUGCUUCUCUAAUUAGGAAGUAAUUUUGCUAAUAAGAUAUGAUAUAUUUCUGUAUUGACUUAUGUUAACAGUCGAACACUUUUAUCAUCCCAUAUGAUGAUAAGGGCUUCAUUAAUAAGAUCUAAA